AUGGGACACCUUGCAGUUCUAUUUUCUGUAUUUCUCUUCGUACAUUCAUGGGAUCAAGCAAUCGGGGCUGCAGGACUUUGUGGAUCAGGACUUGAGUUCCGGUGCGAUGACGGUUGGUGCGUGUCGCGGCUGGAGGUGUGCGACGGGCGACCUCAGUGUGACGAUGGGUCUGAUGAACGAGAAUGUGAUGAGCGGGUUUGUAAGAGUGGAGAGUUCUUCUGUGAUGAUGGGCACUGUGUGUCCGUGCUGUUCCUCUGUGACGGGACAGACCACUGCAGCGACGGCAGCGACGAGAGGUCUUGUCCGAACUGCACCUCGGGCUUUCGCUGCGCCGCGUCGGGGUGGUGUCUGUCCCAACAGCAGCUGUGCGACGGACAGAGCGACUGUGAAGACGCCCGGGACGAGGAUCCGCUUCUUUGUGCGUCGCAGACCACUUCCUGUGCCGCCUCAGAGCUCCAGUGCAGAGACGGACGGUGCAUCCAUCACUCCUACAAAUGUGACAACACGAACGACUGCAGCGACGGCAGCGACGAGGAAGACUGUGAUGUGAACGAGUGUCUGUUGAAUAACGGCGGCUGCCCGUCUGUGUGUGUGGACGAGCCCAGAGGCUUCCACUGCGAAUGCCCCAACAACACGAGGCAGAGGGGGGACGGCCACUGUGAGGAAAUGAACCCGUGUCUUGAAGCUGACGUGUGUGACCAGUUGUGUUCUUACUCAGAGGACCAUCUGAGCUGCAGGUGUCAGGAGGACUAUGAGGAGGACCAUCAGGAGGACCAUCAGGAGGGCACUGCUGCAAGGGCCUGCAGAGCUAAAGGUUACUGUGGAAGAACAACCCUUCAUUCAUACAAGUUAUAG